AUGGAGACAGGAGACGCACUCCUUCCAUCUACCUGUUGGGGAGGCGACUGUCACGCUGCGAGACGUCGCGAUACUCACGCGCCUUCCCAUCCAUGGGACUUCAGUGACAGGGGUGUUUUGGUCGACCCCGCAGGUUUGGUAGCUCGGGUUCUAGGUGUUCAGCCAGAUCCCAGUGAGAUCAGGGGCACCGCGUUGAGGAUAAGCUGGCUACGCGACACUUUUCGUGACCUACCUGGACACGCUGACGACGCCAUAGUGCAGAGAUACACUAGAGCUUACUUGUUUCUGCUCAUCUCGGGCAUGUUGUUUGGAAACAAUAGCGGAAGCCAUUUACAGCUUAUUUACCUGCAACUGUUAGACCACGACUGGGAUCAGAUCCGUGGAUAUAGUUGGGGUAGUGCUUGUUUGGCGAUCUUGUAUCGCCAGCUGUGUAGAGCAUCCCACCGUGGAGCAGCUGAGAUCGGAGGUCCUUUGAUUGUGCUACAGUUAUGGGCUUGGAAGCACAUCCAUGUGGGGAGACCAGGUAGGCCUGCUGUACAUCGUGCUGGGCAGUGGGUGGUCCCCAGACUGACACAUGCGCAUGGAGCGAGGGGUCUUCCGUACUAUCGUGACGCGCUCGAUCGACUCAACGAGGAGCAGGUGAUGACAUGGGAUCCGUAUCUUGCUCAUUUGGUAGAGGCAAUGCCUCUACAUUUUCUCGAUUAUCACGCAGAGUGGCGUGUAAGGACCCCCAUGAUCUGUUUCGAGGUCGUGGAGAGUCACCUACCGGACCGAGUGAUGCGACAGUUUAGGCUACACCAGCCUAUCCCCCUGGAGUAUGACACUAGUAUCCGCCUCCACGAUAUUGACCGUCGGGGAAAGGCGGAGACAAACUGGUCGCAGGAGCAUUGGCGUUUCAUUGAGCUUUGGGACCAGCGGUUGGAGUCUGUCGUUGCCGGUCAUCCGUUUGAGGGUGUUAUGGAUCCUCGUGAUCCUUACAUGGUAUGGUACAUGCAGAUUACACGACGUUUCAUCAACCCUAGCUACACGCCACCAUCCACACAUUACCAUCCAGCUUAUGACGUUAUUUGCGGCCUUGCGGGGGAUGUGAGUGCGAUGGUUGAUGCACUAUCAGACGCCUUAGCAGGCAUACCCACCAGAGCCCAGGUGGAGCGGGUGCGAGAUAUGGGCAUGGAUACCUUACAGAGAUUUGUCCAUGGCCAUCUCAUCCAGCCGCGGGACGAUCAUGGACGCCGGUCGUUCCAUUCACAGUUCGAGUUAGGACAGAUGCUGUUGGGGUUGUUUCGAGUGUUGAUGGUUGUUGGUGGUGGUAGAAAGGUUUGGGCUGGUGGUGGGAAUGCUCGUGUAUUAUUCGGGGUGUUUUGA